UGGUCAUGGUACGUGAUGACUAUACAACGUUUUCGAGAUUUUUGACUUGUGAUCUAUAUGUUAACUCUAAAUAGAUUUUUUUUUUAGAGGGUAUUAUUUAUUAUUAACAUAAACAUUGAUAAACUAUGAAAUACACUUAGUUGGCUUGGGGAGUAGAGGAAAAACCCGAUGUUGGUGGGUUGGGAAAACCUAAAUAGAUUAUCUUUCCCUUGGUAAAAUGAGGAUAAUAUUUUGAAGCGUAUUAUUAACUCGAUAUGGGUAUAUGGGAGCUAGUGAGUUCCUCUUGUUCUGUCUGUCCGUCCGUGUUUUCUAUGAAUGAGUUUUUUUGCAUCAAUUGAAAGGGAACCCCUCCUUAUAGAAGAACACGAACAUAAUACCAACCACAAUCGGACAAUCGGUAGCGCAAAAUUGUACGAAACAGAUUCUGAAUUAUGCAUCUUCAACGAAACAAAGCUACUUACGGCGUGUGACGACAAUAAAAUUAAUUUAAGACCAUUUUUGCACCAAGACCAAGAUGAGAUCAACUAUCGAAGGACUCCUGAAAAGAUAUUUGCUGGCUGUUUAACCACCAAGUUUUGCUACUCGCCGGAAGAAGGGGACAUUCCAGAAGAGAACCCUAACUGCAUGGAGGAUGUGAGCUGCAAAAAUCUGGUGGCGAUUGGGGGCAGAGAUGGCAAGGAUAAUAAUACCGAGGAUCAAGUGGUCAUCGAGAUGUAUUCCCAAGCUAAGGCUUGGUUCAGCAUUGGGUUAUCCAAUGACGUGAGCAUGGGGGACGACUACGUGCUUUCAUGUCGUCGGCCAAAUAUUUCCAUGAUUACGGACACCAUUGUGGGCAAUGGGGACAUUCUCCCAAGUGUGACGAACUCCUGGAACAAAGCACCCGAUAUUGCACCAGUUGGCAAAGGAAAUAAAAUUAUAACCGACGUGUCGAACAUAGUUGUCGUUCAAACACUGGUGAGUAGGAGGGAAAUUUACUGCAAGUUUUACAUGCAGAAAAAAUUUACCAAGAUUGAUCCUUACGAAAAUCGCAAACGUGAAUAUGAUCUAAGCAAAGAGUAUUGCAUACUCGCAGCAUGGAGUGACAAGUAUAACAUUACGAAUGCCUCUCUCUAUCAACUCGUUGACCACGACGCCACAUAUGGAAAGGGAAAUGGGAAACUUGGGGGUCGAAGGCCAUGCAAACAUAGUUGGAAACUUGACAUGUUCUUCCAGCCUACCGCCAGCCAGAAAAUUUACUUUAAGGUGCACGGAAUUUGCAUGAUUUUAACUUGGAUUUGUUUCGUUUCGAUUGGAAACUUUGUUGGGAGCUUUUACAAAGACAUUUUUAAGAAGAAAGAAACAUGCUUCAAAUUGGCAACUUGGCUCGUGAUUCAUUGCGUCUUCCACGUGGGGGCUCUGAUCCCGUUCGGAAUGGGAAUCUACUUUCACGUCGUUGGUAAAAUAGGCUGGAAGAGCCAUGUUCGAAAGAACUACAUGCACCUUGUGGGUGGAUACGGUGUCGUAGCUCUGUACUGCGUCAGCCUGUUAUCCGGAUUUCUCCUAAGGAAGAAGAAAGACUUGCGACGCUUAUCCGACUUUGAGGACAAAGUUCAUUAUCCAACACUCGUUCAUAAAGUAUCGUCACAUGCAGUACACUUCUUAUCAAAUCUAGUGUUGGCAUCCAGUCCGGAACUUCAAUUCUCUGGGCUUUCCUGCCACUUUUCAUACGUGGUAAUUGGAUGGAUGAUUACGUACAUUUUCUUGUAUGUCUUCAUGAUUUUUCACAGAUUUUGGGGACCCGUCUUGGCCGAAGAAUCAAAAGAUAUUGAUAAUCUAGUGGUCCCAAUUAACUCGUUGUUGACAGACAGUGAUGUCGAAGAACAACCCGAAACGUUAAAACUGAAGACGAUUGCGUUAUACGUGUUUGGAACGUUGGCAUUCUUGAUGGCAGUCUCUCUAAUUUCCAUGCUCGUGUGGCCCCCGGUGUCCGAAUGCUUCAGAAAGGAAUCCGACAAUUUUUUCGAAGUUAAAGCCAUGGCUCGGUAUCAAAAACAGUCACUGAAUAAAAAUGACGUUGGGGACGAAGAUUUGGACCUGGAACCAGCAACACUCGGCCCAUAUCGUCCUCCUUCAAAUAAGACAAGCCAGCGUCAGAUUAAAUUAAUCUAAUUUCUGCGCGUGUUUUAUUUCAAUGAAGUUAUUCUUUUAAAUAAAACGCCCUACAAUUACAUAACGAAA